GGCUGAUAAUACUUAUUGAGGACUGGUCACGUGGGCUGGGCUUGACAGGUGCAGCUGCAAAGCAGGCAGGCAGACCGCCUGGAAGGACCAGGGGAUCUUGACCUCCAAGAGGAGCUGAGGGGAGCAAAGAGGAGAGAAGGGGGCUGAGAGAGUGCGAGGAAGGGCAAGAGGGACUCACAGGGAGGCAGGACCGGCACAGAGAGAAAAGCGGGGACACGCGAGACCGAAGGAACAUGACGACGACGCAGAUAGAGACGCACGUCCAGUACAACCACACGUACAUGAUGACGACCGAGGACUACAUGGCGCAGGAGGAGGACUGGGAUCGUGACCUGCUGUUGGACCCAGCCUGGGAGAAGCAACAGCGAAAGACAUUCACAGCCUGGUGUAACUCGCACUUGAGGAAGGCGGGGACACAGAUUGAGAAUAUCGAGGAAGAUUUCCGGAAUGGCCUUAAACUCAUGCUUCUGCUAGAGGUGAUUUCAGGUGAACGGUUGCCAAAGCCGGACAAAGGCAAGAUGCGCUUCCACAAGAUCGCCAAUGUCAACAAGGCACUGGACUUCAUCGCGAGCAAAGGGGUCAAGCUGGUAUCCAUUGGGGCUGAGGAAAUUGUGGAUGGGAACCUGAAGAUGACUCUGGGCAUGAUCUGGACCAUCAUCCUCCGAUUCGCCAUCCAGGACAUCUCAGUGGAAGAAACCUCAGCCAAAGAGGGACUACUGCUGUGGUGUCAGAGGAAAACGGCUCCCUACCGAAACGUCAACGUGCAGAACUUCCAUAUUAGCUGGAAGGAUGGCCUGGCCCUCUGCGCCCUGAUCCACCGACACCGCCCGGACCUCAUUGACUACGCCAAACUCAGAAAGGAUGACCCCAUUGGGAACCUCAACACCGCCUUCGAGGUGGCUGAGAAAUACUUGGAUAUCCCCAAGAUGCUGGACGCAGAAGACAUUGUCAACACCCCCAAACCAGAUGAGAAAGCCAUCAUGACCUACGUCUCCUGUUUCUACCACGCCUUUGCCGGCGCCGAGCAGGCCGAGACCGCUGCCAACAGGAUCUGCAAGGUGCUUGCUGUCAAUCAAGAGAACGAGAAACUCAUGCAAGAAUAUGAGAAGCUGGCCAGUGAGCUCCUGGAGUGGAUCCGCCGCACCAUCCCAUGGCUGGAGAACCGGGUGCCGGAGAAGAGCAUGAGCGCCAUGCAGCGCAAACUGGAGGACUUCCGGGACUACCGGCGCGUGCACAAGCCCCCCCGCGUCCAGGAGAAAUGCCAGCUGGAGAUCAACUUCAACACCCUGCAGACCAAGCUGCGCCUCAGCAACCGGCCAGCCUUCAUGCCCUCCGAGGGCAAGAUGGUCUCCGAUAUCGCCAAUGCCUGGAAGGGGCUGGAACAAGUGGAGAAAGGCUAUGAAGAGUGGCUGCUGACGGAGAUCAGGCGCCUGGAGCGUCUGGACCACCUGGCGGAGAAAUUCAAGCAGAAAGCCACCCUGCAUGAGAACUGGACAAGAGGGAAGGAGGAAAUGCUCUCGCAGAAGGACUACGAGUCGGCCUCCCUGAUGGAGAUCCGGGCGCUGCUGCGCAAGCACGAGGCCUUUGAGAGCGACUUGGCUGCCCACCAGGACCGCGUGGAGCAGAUUGCAGCCAUCGCCCAGGAGCUCAAUGAGCUGGACUACCACGAUGCAGCAUCCGUGAACUCCCGCUGCCAGGCCAUCUGUGACCAGUGGGACACCCUCGGGACGCUCACCCAGAAGAGGAGGGAUUCUCUGGAGCGUGUGGAGAAGCUCCUGGAGACGAUCGACCAGCUGUACCUGGAGUUUGCCAAGAGAGCGGCCCCCUUCAACAACUGGAUGGACGGAGCUAUCGAAGACCUUCAGGACAUGUUCAUCGUGCAUAGCAUUGAGGAGAUCCAGAGCCUGAUCACAGCCCACGAGCAGUUCAAGGCCACGCUGCCCGAGGCCGACAAGGAGCGGAUGGCCAUCCUGGGCAUCCAGAACGAGAUCCAGAAGAUUGCCCAGACCUACGGCAUCAAGCUGUCCGGCGUGAACCCCUACACCAACCUCUCCCACCUUGACGUCGCCAACAAGUGGGACACGGUGAAGCAACUCGUCCCCCACCGCGACCAGACCCUGCAGGAGGAGCUGGCCAGGCAGCAAGCCAACGAGAGGCUGAGGCGCCAGUUUGCGGCCCAGGCCAACAUCAUCGGCCCCUGGAUCCAGACCAAGAUGGAGGAGAUUGGCCACAUCUCCGUGGACAUCAGUGGCUCUCUGGAGGACCAGAUGAACCACCUGAAGCAGCACGAGCAGAACAUCAUCAACUACAAGGCCAACAUCGACAAGCUGGAGGGCGACCACCAGCUCAUCCAGGAGGCCCUCAUCUUCGACAACAAGCACACCAGCUACACCAUGGAGCACAUCCGAGUGGGCUGGGAGCAGCUGCUGACCACCAUCGCCCGCACCAUCAAUGAAGUGGAGAACCAGAUCCUGACUCGUGACGCCAAAGGCAUCAGCCAAGAGCAGAUGAACGAGUUCCGGGCCUCCUUCAACCACUUCGACCGGAAGCGGAACGGCCUGAUGGACCCCGAUGACUUCCGCGCCUGCUUGAUCUCCAUGGGAUACGACCUGGGUGAAGUGGAGUUUGCCCGCAUCAUGACGCUGGUGGACCCCAACAACACGGGCGUGGUGACCUUCCAGGCCUUCAUCGACUUCAUGACCCGCGAGACGGCCGAGACAGACACCGCCGAGCAGGUCGUGGCCUCCUUCAAGAUCCUGGCCUCAGACAAGAACUUCAUCACCAUAGAGGAGCUGCGCCGAGAACUGCCUCCCGAGCAGGCCGAAUAUUGCAUCAGCAGGAUGACCAAGUACUCGGGAGCCGAUGCCGUGUCGGGCGCUUUGGACUAUGUCUCCUUCUCCAGCGCCCUGUACGGAGAGAGCGACCUGUGAUUCCCCCCCUCCCCCUGUGCCCCAAGCCCACCCCCCUCACCCCAAAAGGCAUGUGGGAGCAGAACGAAUCCCCACCACCACCACCCCCGUGGGGACUGACCCGAUCAGAGGCUUGUGCCCAGGGAUGAGGGGAUGACCCCCCCGCCCCCCCACCGGGCAAGAGGUUGUGGGAUCCCCUCCCCGCUCCACCCACAAGCCAGGACUGGUGGAUCCAGGGUGGUCUUGGUUAGGAAGCCGCCUCUCUCUCUCUUUCUCUCCCCCACCGCCCGCCCCUCUGUUCUCCGCUGCCGAGCUAGUUGCACCUCCCCUCCUGCCCCUGCGCAGCCCGGCCCGCCCUCCCUCUUGGCCGGCUGCCCCAACCCCUCCCCAGAAGAGGCAAAGGUUGCUCUUCCUUGCGAUUUCCUCCUCCUCCGCUCGAGGGCCAUCACCUGGCCACAGCAUGGAUGCUGGGCCUGGAAGGUGGGGCAAGGCGGGGUCGGGGACUGGUGCCAGCAGGGGAGGGGAGGCUGGGCAGGGAGGCUCAUCCAAUAAAUGGCACCCACUGGAGGCCCACCUGC